CAGCCCUUGGAGCAGCUCUGUGGCCUCCUCUGGACUGCCUCAGCAGCUCCAAAUCUGUCUUGUUCUGAGGGCCCCAGGACUGGAGAAAGCUCUGCAAGUGGGGUGUCACCCGAGUGGGACAGAGGGACAGAGUUCUCCCCCUCAGCUGCUGCCCAUGCUGCUGGGGAUGUGCACACUGCCAGCCCCUGUCCAGUUUUUCGUUUUCCUUUUCAGAACCUUUCAUCCAUUCACUUCUCGGUCUGAUUCCAGAGAUUGCCCCCAGCCAGAUGUAGGGGAGGAUUUCAGGAAGCCUGAGCAGCACAGUUUCCUUGCCUCCUGGCCACCCUCACUGUGCACUCAGAUGCGCUGUAUUCCUAUUUCUGGUGGCACCAGGAGCGCUGCCCCAGUGUGGCCACAGGCUCUGUCCCUGUUCACAGGGCCUCAGAACCAAGGCUUGCCAAGUGUGCUCUGCAUUUUUCAUACCCUGUCUGCAGCUUUGUUCACUUUGUUCUCUUCCCUUUGUUCACUUUAGAUGUGAGAGCAAUUUCUCCAGGUAUCUGUGGUUAAUUUAUUUUACUUAUCUAUCUUUGCAUGGUACAGCCAUGGGCUUGUAUUGGUAGUAAUAGCAAACAGUUAUUCUUGGUAGAAUGAGAUAUUUACAACUCUUAACACAUACCUAUGUGACUAAGUGAAAGGAAAGAGAAGAAAGGAAAAAAUAUUAAAAAAGAGGAUGAGGAAACUAUGCACAAGAAUAUCACAUUCCUCCCAGUGAAGGACUCAGAUGCUGACAACUUCCCAUGACUCUCCCCUCCUCCUCUGCAAACAUCUGAGUGAACCACAGAUCUUAAUAUCCAGAAGAGCAGCAGGCAGGUACAUAUGGGAAACAACAGCAGCUCCACUGUGGAUGAUCUACAGGCUGUCGAGAUCCACCACUGGUACAAGAAAUUCAUGACAGAGUGUCCUUCUGGACAGCUGACAGAGCAUGAAUUUAAGCAGUUCUUUGGGCUUCGAGGGCUGGAUCCAGAGGCCAAUAAGUACAUUGAGCAGAUGUUCCGCACGUUUGAUAUGAACAAGGAUGGAUAUAUUGAUUUCAUGGAAUAUGUGGCUGCCCUCAGCCUCGUUCUCCGAGGGAAGAUGGAGCAGAAAUUGCGGUGGUAUUUCAAGCUCUAUGAUGUAGAUGGCAAUGGCUGCAUUGAUCGACAUGAACUGCUCAACAUCAUUAAGGCUAUUCGUGCUAUUAAUGGUGCUGACCAUGAAACUAGUGCAGAAGAGUUCACCAAUCGAGUCUUCGAUAGGAUUGAUGUGAACGGCGAUGGUGAACUUUCUCUGGAUGAAUUUGUGGAGGGAGCAAGGAAAGAUGAGGAGUUCAUGGAGGUUAUGAUGAAGAGUUUGGACCUGUCACACAUUGUGGCCAUGAUAAACAACCGUCGGCAUAGUGUAUAAAUCAAGCUGGAGAAAAGGCUGUGCCAACAGACAGAAGGGUGUAGAAACACAUGGAAGGAGAGACAGCAUUUUUCAAAACAAAAUUUCCAUAAACAUGAAUAUGGAAGUAGGAACAGAAAGACACUGCUGUGUAUCUGAGUGCAUGCUCCUGUACAAAUACUGAAGCUUAGCCACAUAAAUGCAGGGCAGGUUCAGAAAAAACAAUCUGGGUGGCAGUAUUUGACUUGUCUUUCUAAAAUUUAAAGGCCAAAUUUCAGGGCACAAAUUUCCUUUUUAUUCUGUGUCCCAGAUUAUCACUUUGAAACGGAUGAAAAGUAAUGCCAAGUUUGGAAGAGCACUAGCAGAACUGGGUGGUGGAGUGUGGAGGAAAUAUUCUGAUGUACAAAAGAAGAGUUUCAAGUUGUUAUUAGUGUAGAGAACUAUCAACAGAAUGUAACUUGAACUGUUCUUGUCAUGGUAUUGGUUCAUAAACACCAGCCAGGUUGUCCAUACCAGAUGUGCUUGGAUUUGGUAGUCUCUGAAGAAGCAGCUUUAGUCAUAAGAUCACAAGAACUGAAAGAAAAACCAGUCUGAUAGUGACAAAUCUGCUGCAGCUAUUUGAGCCUUCUGUCAUCAAAGAGCUCUAGCAAACAGGUCAAUGGUUUGGAGCAGCUUCUGUAACCAGAGAAAAUAUGCUACUCAUUUUCCCAAAGUAGAAGAAUAAUUGAGAGAUCAAAUCUUUUAUAUACUCAUGGUCCUACUUAUUCUCCUCUCAUACAACUGAGUCACUGGGAAUGUUCAAGGCCAUGUUGAGCAAGGCUUGGAGUAACCUGAUCUAAC